GUUCAAUCAAACGGCAACUGCAAAAUCCAUAGGAAGCACUGCGAAAAUGGCUGGCGGCAAGGGAAAGGUUCUGCUCGCGUACUCCGGUGGUCUCGACACAUCCACCAUCCUCGCCUGGCUCAUCGAUGAGGGUUACGAUGUGGUCGCUUUCAUGGCCGAUGUCGGACAGGAAGAGGACUUUGAGGCGGCUAGGCAAAAGGCUAUCAAGUGCGGCGCAAAAGGCUUUAUCCUCCAGGACAUGAAGCGCGAGUUUGUCGAAAACCUCAUCUGGCCCGCUGUUCAAGCAAAUGCAAUUUACGAGGAUGUCUACCUGCUCGGAACCUCUCUUGCACGCCCCGUCAUUGCCCGCGGCAUGAUAGAGGCUGCCGAGAAGGAGGGCUGUCAAUUCGUCAGCCACGGCUGCACUGGCAAGGGCAACGACCAGGUCCGCUUCGAGCUAGCCUUCUACGGCCUCAAGCCCGAUAUCAAGGUCAUUGCACCAUGGCGCAUCCCCGAAUUCUACAACCGCUUUGCAGGACGUUCUGCACUCCUCGAGUACGCUGCAUCCAAGGGCAUCCCAGUCACGCAGACGAAGGCGAAGCCUUGGUCGACCGAUGAGAACCUGUUCCACAUCUCUUACGAGGCUGGCAUCCUGGAAGACCCCAACACCACCCCGCCCGAUGACAUGUGGAAGCUCACCACAUCGCCUGAAAAGGCGCCGGAGUCACCCGAACGCAUUAGCAUCUUCUUCAAGCAGGGUAUCCCUGUCUCCAUCAAGGUCAGCUCAACCGGCAAGGAGCACACGGACGCUGUCGACAUCUUCCUGACCCUCAACGCGCUCGCUCGCACACACGGCAUCGGCCGCGUGGAUAUUGUUGAGAACCGAUUCAUCGGCGUCAAGUCUCGCGGCUGCUACGAGUCCCCCGGCGCAACCAUUCUCCGCACCGCACACAUCGACCUGGAAGGUCUGACGCUGGACCGUGAAGUCCGUCGCAUCCGUGACAGCAUCGUUACGACCAAGUUGAGCGAGAUUCUCUACUACGGUUUCUUCUUCUCGCCCGAGAGCGAAUUCGUCCGCAGCUGCAUUCCCCACAGCCAAAAGACGGUCAACGGCGAGGUCAGGUUGAAGCUUUACAAAGGAAACGUCGUCGUCGAGGGCCGUCAAUCUGACGAGAUGCUCUACGAUGAGAAGUUCAGCAGUAUGGACGAGCUCGGCGGCUUCGAGCCAGAGGCCACAAGUGGAUUCAUCACCGUCCAAGCCAUCCGCCUUAAGAGGCACGGACUCGGCCAGCAAGCCAAAGGCGUCGCCGGUGUCGGUGUUGACAAGGCGUACAAUAUCUAAUCCCCUUUUCCUGCUGGAUGCAUAGUUUGCCAGAGUAAUAGUGAAAUUGAAUCUCAAUCUGAGUAAUGUGAUACGAAAGCAACGCUCUAUAUGCUACGAUCCAAAGAGACUGUAUGCAAAGUAUGCUAAGACGACGGCGAUGAUUGCUGUUGUGCGAUGCGACGAUGUAAGAACUUCAUUGACUGCAUGG